AUGGUGUACAACAACAAACCAGUCACCAGCCACCACCAGGACACAGCCAGUCACCAGCCAUCACCAGGACACAGCCAGUCACCAGCCAUCACCAGGACACAGCCAGUCACCAGCCAUCACCAGGACACAGCCAGUCACCAGCCAUCACCAGAACACAGCCAGUCACCAGCCAUCACCAGGACACAGCCAGUCACCAGCCAUCACCAGGACACAGUCAGUCACCAGCCAGACAUAGCCAGUCACCAGCCACCACCAGGACAUAGCCAGUCACCAGCCACCACCAGGACACAGCCAGACACCAGCCACCACCAGGACACAGCCAGACACCAGCCACCACCAGGACACAGCCAGACACCAGCCAUCACCAGGACACAGCCAGUCACCAGCCACCACCAGGACACAGCCAGUCACCAGCCACCACCAGGACACAGCCAGACACCAGCCAUCACCAGGACACAGCCAGUCACCAGCCACCACCAGGACACAGCCAGUCACCAGCCACCACCAGGACACAGCCAGUCACCAGCCACCACCAGGACACAGCCAGUCACCAGCCACCACCAGGACACAGCCAGUCACCAGCCACCACCAGGACACAGCCAGACACCAGCCACCACCAGGACACAGCCAGUCACCAGCCACCACCAGGACACAGCCAGUCACCAGCCACCACCAGGACACAGCCAGUCACCAGCCACCACCAGGACACAGCCAGACACCAGCCACCACCAGGACACAGCCAGUCACCAGCCACCACCAGGACACAGCCAGUCACUAGGCAUCACCAGGACACAGCCAGUCACCAGCCAUUACCAGGACACAGCCAGUCACCAGCCACCACCAGGAUACAGCCAGUCACCAGCCACCACCAGGACACAGCCAGUCACCAGCCACCACCAGGACACAGCCAGUCAUCAGCCACCACCAGGACACAGUCAGUCACCAGCCAUCACCAGGACACAGCCAGUCACCAGCUAUCACCAGGACACAGCCAGUCAUCAGCCACCACCAGGACACAGCCAGUCACCAGCCACCAUCAGGACAGCCAGAGAAACUUUACUAAGAAGAGACUGA